AUGCAGACGAUUUGGUUGCUGUCGGAGGAAUUGAAUUUAUUGCGAGGUGGGCGAGUAUGUUGUACUCGCCAUGAUUACCAAUGAUGUUGACAUAGUUUCAUGUACUUCUAGCUGCAAGAAGGAUCGUCUAAAUCUAAUGAGUCUUCUAUACAUAGUUCUACUAUCGGACAGGAACACUGUAUAAUCUUCUCCUCGUUUAGGUGAAGAUCUACUUUUUAGCACAUGUUGCUGACCUCUAGAAGUAAGUGCCUUUUUCUCCCGCCGUCUAACUCUAAGCACAACCGGUUCCGACGCAGCGCAGCAAACUGAUGCAGCAGUGCACCUGAUGCGCCCUGCUUCAGCCGCUACUUCUACAACGUCUUCCCGCUAUCCUAGACUAGACAAUCUACUAGACAAGAUUGGUGGCGACACGACCUCAGCUGCCGUAAGGCGGGAACAGGUCGGCGGUUCUUGCUCUAGUUCAUGCUCUUCAGCAUCGAGUUUCAUAUCUUCAGUCCUCCUGUCUACUGGUGUACAGAAGAAGAUCAGGAUUGCCAGGCCUAAAAGUGCUGGACCAACAACUAGGGUGAGGAGUAGACCUAAGUUGACUACAGUGCUUGAGGACGGAAGCAAGAAAGACAUCAACAAACCGGAGAAGAACAAGAUCAGAAUAGAACAUCCGUUCGAGACAGGAAUAGAACAUCAAGAACAGAAUCAGAAUCCAAACAUCGGCCCGGGACCACCUGGCGUUAAUACCACUGCAGCAGCGUCAGCGCCUAAAAAUAAAAGUACAACAGAAACAAAUACCACAAACCAAGCUGUUGGACACGUCGAACAGGUGGAGAAGGCCAAGUAUAAUAAAUAAGACCUCGCCUUCAAAAAAGAGGAGGAAUAACAGCCGUCCUCGAAGUGCGGCAGCCUCGUGUAGCAGUUCUGGUCUAAUAGCACAAGAGGACAUCGACAGGACCGCGAAAGCGAUAGUAGCACGCGUUAGAGCACUUUCAAGGAGCGGCUCAUCGGCAACGUCUAGUUGCGGGAGAACGAGUACUAACUUUAUCUGACUAUAUUUUAUUUUCGAAAAAUUAAACGAAGAACAAGGAAGAAGAAAUUUUUUGAUUUCAUUCAAGUGACUUUAUUUUGGUGCUGUGGUUGUAAAAGGUGGGAGGACGUCGAUUCGUCCCAUACUUAUGAACAUUUUUGAUUUCCAAUGACUGAUAAAAAUGACAAACAAAUUGAAAACCUCUUUCCUUCUGAGGUAGCGUGCCCGCCACGGGCACGGGAAAGCGUCGAAAGGAAGAGGCCUGAAACACGCAUAAGCCCAGGACUAUCAAGCAGUUAAAAACUCUUCGCAGCGAAUAACAUAUGUUAUAUAAGAAUUUUGCAUAGCAAGGUCGAUCGACUGCACUAAGAUAAAACGGCUUCGAUUCAACAUGUCAUAGCCAUUUCACAAAAAGCAAGUAUGAUCAUUGUGCUACCAGUAUUUCUUCGUCCUGUCAUUUCCGGGAAAAACGUUAGCAGUUUUAAGCAUUUCACAGAAAAAAGCAUUUCCUUCACGACGUGUUCGAUAAAGUUGAAACUUCCAAAGUCAAAAGAAUCCAUCUCUUCUAUUCUAAGUAUAUUAAUGUCACUCACCUGGUGUCUCCUCAUGAUACCCAUCCUCCAUGCUGAAAUAAGAGAACUACUUUCUUAGAAGAUCAACAACUGCUCGACAAGAACUAUUAGCUGAGAACAACGCUUGGCCUUUCUUCAUGUUCAACAUUGUUGACUCAUACGAUUCCAUUUACAAAUAAUGUGCCUUCAAAUAAUUCAAAUUCAAACUCUCACUCAUUCAUGUUGAUGUUGAUGUAACUAAAGACCUCCACCUCUCUGUCCUCCCUCUAAUUCAUGUACAGUAUAUGUUGAUAUCCUACAAGUACAAUCUCAAUCUCUAUUGCUCUGAUAAAUAUCUGUCAUUCCGUAAUACAAGUUCAUCGUAAGAGCAAGUUCUUCAAGUUGACGGAGUUCUUCAAGUUGACCUAAGAAAUUGUUCAUGACGUAUUUUAUUCCAGAAAGAAUUGCCCUCCUCAAACUGAACGAAUUGCUCUUCUCAAACUGAUCGAAGGACGAAAUUUCCUGUCAGUAUCAUCGAU